AUGAGUGAUUUUGGAGACUCAUUGAGGUCUCCUACAAAGUCUUCAGGGACUUCCAGAGUCAUUGAGUCGCUCCACCAACAGAUCAAUUCUUAUUCACAGAGUUUAGAAGAGUCUAAUCUGGAACUAAACGAAUAUAAAAGGAAAUAUAGCGCAGUGCAGAAACGACUGGACUCUGUCACCGAUCAAUUGGAAAACUCCAAGUAUCAACAAGACACGGUGGCGUCCAUGCUACGUAGAAAAGAACGUAAAAUUGCUGAUUUAGAACAUGAAUUUACGGACGCAAUGAAUAGACUAGAAACUGCAGAGACCGAAAUAGCAGAUCUUAAGAAGCAAUUGAAUGACGUCAAACUGAAGGAAAGUCAAGAGAGAAAUGAGUUAGAAAGGAUAGCAACUGCGUAUGAAACAAUAUCAGAGGGUCAGGAGUCUUAUAGGAGACAUUAUGAGCGAGAGAUUAACAGACUGAGAACCAGUUUUGAUCUAUUCGUUCUUGACAACCAAAGAAGGUUGCAAGAAAAUGUGGAUUCUUUAGGAGGUACAAAUGCCGAUUUAGGAAAAGCAUUCUCAGCUUUAAGGACAAAUACAAAGAAAGUAGAAAUAUUGACUUCAAGUAAAGAUGAAUCAAUUAAGGAAACGCUAAGUGAACUAGCAAGUGAAGCAAAAUGGCAUGAAACACAGAUAAUGAAGGUUUUGAUUGAAUGUGAGGACGUGUUCAGACGGUCAAAAUUUGAUCUCGCAAAGUUCCCGAAUAUUGCAGGCUACAAAAAAGAGCUUGAGGAGAUUUUAGCGGCAGAAAGAACUGACACAAGAGACAUUGGACAUUCGAAAGUUGAGCAUGAAAGAACCAUAGUUGGAAGCAUUCCAAAUGAUAAAUUGGACCAAAAAAUGAAUGAGAGGAAGAACAACAUUAAUAAGGAAAAUAGAAAGGCUAUAGAUUCUGGUCAAUACCAGGGUAUUGACGUAUUCAACCCAAGGAUCGGAGAAGACACACCCUCUUUAAGCGUGGAGUCAACAACAGAGCUUUCAGAACCGAGUAGUUUCUCUUUCGAAAAACCAGACACGUCUUACGAUAACGGACACUUAGAUAAUGGGCAAAAUGGAUCUGCAGAUGCUUCCUCAAAGCGUAAACAGUCCGGAAGGAGACGACAGCGGAGAAGAAAACAUUCCAGAAAAGUUUCACAGAACGAAUAA